CCCACGUCAGGCUGAGGUGGAGUCUGUAGGCGCCUGGCAAGCCUGCAGGUGCUGGGACAGAAGGGGAGUACUGAGCAGCUGGUGUGCGGGCUGCCCCUCCCCCUUCCUGCUCCAAGCCAGAGCCUGCUUCCUGUCUUCCCUGUCAGCACUCCUGGUAAGGGGAGGGAACAGGUAGAGGGGGGGGCGGAGGGAAAGGAUGAUCAGUUAAGUGCUGGCCUGGGGGAAGAGAUGGGGGCUGGGGGGACAGCAGAGGAGAAAAGGCCAAGGGGAAGGCUAAGAAAAAGAGGAGAACAGGGCAAAAGGCAGAUAGUGUAGCUCAGAGCCUAGUGAGGUACGCUACGGAGCGGAGGGGAAGCCACAGAAGAGGCAGACAGUGGAGGCAAGACCUUGGGGAACCAGAAGCAGAGACAGUCAGAGAGAAACCAGACACACGCACACAAGCAUGCAUGCACGACAGGCACACACGCACGCACGCACGCACACCCAGAGAGAGGGAUGGCAGGGUGAGAUGUCUUGUGAGAGAACAGGAGAUGGGAAUUAGAGAUCCAGUGCACAAAGGUGUGGUGGAGGGAGAGGAAAGUGUGAUGCAGGGUGGGGUGGGGAAAUGACCCCAAGAGAGGAUAGAGUGGGGUCACAAAUGGCAACCCCCAGUGAGCACCCUCCUCCCAAUAAAAGCCAGAAGAUGAAAAGGCACAGGGCCCACACCUGCAAUCCCUGAACAGAGAUGGGCUUGACUCAGACCUUUCCCUGUCAGGUCACUGCUGAGCAGCUGCCCUGCCCCCACCCACUCCGGAGCAUCUGGCUCAGCCUUGGAACCUCUGGGUUCCGGAGGCCUCUCAGGGUCUGUGUGAGAAUGGAGAGACAGGGGAGUGGGGGCUCACAUUCAGGUGCUAAUCCCUAUGCAGCCAGGGUAGUACCAGGGCCUUGGUGACCUUCUUGGAGAUUAAUCCCCAUGGAGACAGGGCAGCUCGCCCCCUCACUCUGUCUAGGCCAGGUGGGUAGCUAGCUGGCAGCAGGGCAGGUGGGGCAAGCCAGGAGCAGGCUGGGAGGGAAGAGAGCCUUCCUCAGACACUGCAGGGUCAAAGGCAGGCAUGGCUGGGAGGCCCCCUCCAGCAACCAUCGUAGUUUACAGGUAAAAACCAAAACCAAAACCAAAACCAAACCUGAGGCCCCAAGCAGUGGACGGGGUGGGGUGAAGGGCAGACAGAGGCCACUUCUGGAGCAAUGAAAAUCAGAGGAACCAGAAGCUAGAUCUUCAGCUCUACCCCUCCAUCUUUGUUUCUUGACACCAUAGGGUUGAGCAAGAAUAGGGGAAGUUUGGAACACCUGCCCUGACCCUGUCAAACUGAGUGGCAGAGUGGCUUCUGGGAGGCAGAGGGCCAUAAGGGAAAGAUGCCCCAUGCUAAGUGUUCUCCUGGCUUCCUGGGAACCAGGAUCAGGUUAGAAAAAAAAGAGGCUGAGGAUCUCAGGGUUAUGCUUUCUGCCUUGACCCCUCCCAACCCAACCUCACCCCAUCGCAGAGGAAGUGGGGAGAACCCCCAGACGAAGACAUCCAUAACCUGAAAAUAUGCCAACAGUAACUGCUACCAUUGGCUGAGUGUCUAUUGCAGGGUGUUGGUUCUAUGUUUUACAUACAUUUAAAUCUUCACUGUGGUCAAAGCAAUGAUUCCCAUUUUACAGAGGAGAAAAUGCAAAGGUAGAGUGGAGACUUAGCCCCACUUUUAAACAGCUGAGCAGAAGAACUGCUCUCAGGCAGCAGUGUGGCUCCAGAGCCCACCUAGCCUUCAGUACCCGAGUGAUGCCUCUCUGAUAACUGCAGAGGGGGGCCAUGUGUGCAUGUCAAAGCUCACGAGGGUGUGCUCCAGUGUGAGCUCUCCCCAAAGCUUGUCACGCAAUACUGUAAGUGACUGGACAAAUGUCUUUUCACGAAGGAAAUAUCUAUCAAGUCCUGAGAUAGGGCAGUUAGUUAACAGAUGGAGUUUGUGGGAUUGUGGCCGUGUAUGGACCUAUUACUGAGGAUGACUCUACCCACCCUUGCCUAUGAACUUGUGUGUCCCCUCCCUGACAUCCUAGAAGAGUCUAGGUGAGUGCGUAGUGAAAGCUGCCUCUCACCUCUAUGGAUGGGGAAUCUUAUGGGUUCUCCAGCCUUACUGAGGGACAGAGAAGAUGGUGGGAUAAUGGGUCUAUGUGGGUGGGGCUCCCAUCUGCAUGAUGAACCUGAGUUACCUUUGUCUCCUGGGAGACAAGGCUUGUAUAGCCCCAGGGAAGGAGCUCACCAGCCUGUUCCAGACCUGGAAUAGGGUGGGGACUAGAGGAGCCAGGCUGCACAGGAAAGGCUGGCCAUAGGACUGGGGUGGGUGAGGGCACACACAGAAUUUGCAUUUUCAGCCCAGAAGGCCCUGGAUAAUUUCCCUGUGAAAUGAGGGGAAGGGGUGGGAUCAGACUACUUUGAGGAGAGGACGUUAGCCACCAGUUCCUCAAGUAUUGUCUGCAAGUACAGAGAAGCCCUAGCCAUUCUCUGGACCUUUCCUGAGAUGGAGAUGUGAGCAGGAACUCAGGAUGGGUGAACCGUGAGAUCCUUAGAGGCCUGGAGGUUUCUUAUGGAUCUAAGGGUCAACACUGGAAUGAGUAUUUUCUUAACAUCAUGGGGCGGGGUAGACAAAAGUAGAAUGGGGUGGAGAUAUGGAUAAGGCCUUUGGACUUCUGGGGUUUGUAUGCCAAAGAUUCCCCUACCUUAUGAGAUGAUUACCUCGGUGGGGGCCAUAGUGGAAAUUGCUACAAUGCGGUCCUUGUGAAGUCUCCAGGUGAUUUGGGGGUAUAGAUCUGAGGUUGCUCCCCCAUCCCCACCCUGCCUAGUCCCUGAAUGUCAAAUCUGUGGAUGUGGAGGAGGAGAAAGGGAUGGUACCGAGAGCUGGCAAACAAAGCCACCUGGGCAUCCAUCCUUCAGGAAGCUCUAAGCUCAACUGAUGUGGGAAAGCAAACAGGAACAGCUGCUGGGGGUAGGAGGGGGCAUGAAGAGAGACCAGGGGCUGGAAUUAGCCCAGUCUGUUGGGGAAGGGAGGAUAAUGGAAGGAGUGGGUACCUUAGAGGAGGAGGAGAAUCUCUCAGUCCUGCUCUGGCACACCAGGGUGUAGGGGUUGCCUUAGAGACUCUUGACCUUUGUCCUUUAUUCGUGUCUUCCCUUUCUUGGUCUCUGAGGUUGAGGGGUGGGGGCAGCAUGGACCUCAGUUGCUGUAGGUGGUAGCCACAGGUGUAGUGGUAGACAGGUGUAGACAGAACUGCCCUUUACCUGGUUGCAGAUAGAACUAAAAGCCAUGGAUGGGUAGGGAGACCUAUAUAUAUUCUCCUGAUGAGGAAACGCAGGUGCAGACAGAGGGGAGAGGCUGGCUGCUGCCAAGAGGAGAAUUUCCAACUGGAAAGGGUAGGCUUCUCUAUAAAUUACCACCCCAAAACCCAUGUGACCCCCUCAUUCUAAGGAGUCUCUCAUUUUCCCGCUGCCUGGACUGAACACACAUCUCUGCCGAAUACUGACCAACACAUAGACGGGAAGUUGCCCCCCACUCCCACCCCCUGCACCUCAGGCUCAGCUCCUGAUAAACAUGACAAACACAGCCCCACAGUUACCAACAGCACAGAUGUACAGCCUGUUGUCAACACCACAGCCUCUCCUGAUCAAACACACACACACACACACAAACAACACACACACACACACACAUUGGCUUUCUGGUUAGCACAGACUGGCCCCGCCCCCUAGUGGCCACCUCUAUAAUUGUCCGAUCGGGGAAAAGGGAGAGGUCUAGGGGUUUUUUUGUUUGUUUGUUUUGGGGUUGGGUUGGAUUGGUUUUGGGGGGGGUUGUUUUUUGUUUUUGUUUUUGUGGGGGUUUUGUAAUUUUUUUCCCUAAUCCUCACUUCUGUUUCAGCGAGGACUUGUGAGGCAGAGCAGAAGCUAGAAUAUUAAGCAUCCAAGAUUAACUGUUGCCCUCUAUGGAGUCUGGGCUUUCCCCUACGUUCCGAGAAAAAUUACAGCCCUUUUGUUUUUGGCUAGCUCUAUCUAGGUUAGAGUCAAGUGGCUAAAAGCUAAUUCCUGCUCCUCCCUCAAUCAAACCUACUCAUCCAUAAUGUCCCAUUUUCCAUCCAUGUGCCCCCAGCUUGGGUUAUGGACUCUAUUCAAGCUUGUAGAUGUGAAUCUCAACAGCCAUUUCUCACCAGUGAAUGGAGAGGCCUAAGGGAGGAGCUGCCUCCUACCCCCAAUUUCCCUGAGAAGUCCCAGAUUUCUGAAAUGGAAUUAGUGGGAUGGUGCCGCCUGGCGGCGAGGCCUGAUCUCGACCUCAGAACCAGUGAAGACUCCCUGGGAAGCCCAGCUCAGGAAGAAAGUGGACAGAUCUUCCAACGGCCUGAGGGGCUUGGCGCAGCGUCGUUAGAGAAGGGUCUUCUCUUCCUCCUGCCUAGUGUCUCUCAAAAGAAAGAUCUCCACCUAGAGAGUUUUGACUUUGGGAAGAACUGUGGUGCGCCGGGCUUACGUGGUCUUAGAAAAAGCUAAACCUUAGGCUUAGGGUCACGCCUGAGGGUCUGUGCCAGGGAGUGCUUGUUCUGCCCCUAGGCUAGGAGUCUCUACCAGGCUUAGGCCACAUUGAAAGAAAGCGCAGAGUCAGCCUGGGCUCCGGCAGACACGCGAUGUGCGCCUCAGCACUUUCCGUUGUCAUCCAUGCGGGCUGGGACCAGAUCGGUGACUCCGCUGCCUAUGCAGACCAGAGCUGACCAAAGCCUGCCAGCUGACUCAGCUCGCACACCCCAGCCGGAUUCCACAGGGAGAGGCAGCCAGACAUGACUAUAAAGCGGCGAACACCGGGCUCGGCUCGCGCGCAGCCUUUCCAUUUUCCGUAGGUGCGGUGCUCACUCACUCGCGACAUGAGCAGCGCCCCCGCUCCGGGCCCGGCGCCCGCUUGCCUCACGCUCUGGGACGAGGAGGACUUCCAGGGUCGUCGCUGCCGGCUACUGAGCGACUGUGCCAACGUCUGUGAGCGGGGAGCCCUGCGCAGGGUGCGCUCAGUCAAGGUUGAAAACGGCGCAUGGGUGGCCUUCGAGUACCCCGACUUCCAGGGACAGCAAUUCAUUCUAGAGAAGGGAGACUAUCCUUGCUGGAGUGCCUGGAGCGGAAGCAGCGCCCACCACAGCAACCAAUUGCUGUCCUUCAGGCCAGUGCUCUGUGCGAACCACAGUGACAGCCGCGUGACACUCUUUGAGGGGGAAAACUUCCAGGGCUGCAAGUUUGAACUCAAUGAUGACUACCCAUCACUGCCUUCCAUGGGCUGGACAAGCAAAGAUGUGGGCUCCCUCAAAGUCAGCUCUGGAGCGUGGGUGGCCUACCAGUACCCUGGCUACCGAGGCUACCAGUAUGUCUUAGAACGGGACCGGCACAGUGGGGAGUUUCGUACCUACAGUGACUUUGGCACACAGGCCCAUACUGGACAGCUGCAGUCCAUUCGAAGAGUCCAGCAUUAGGCUCCAACUUCCCAGUCAUCACCUGUGAGAUUCUCAAUAAAAGCUCUAGAAUCUACCUGCC